AUGACUACCGAGACGAACGGCACGAAUGCCCCCAAGAAUGGAGCCAGUAGCCUCAACGGAACCAGCGGCCAUCCGAACGGCUAUAAGCUGGGCGACUUCUCCAUAGACGAGUGCCGACCUAUGCGGGUAGUUUGCAUAGGUGCGGGAUUCAGUGGGAUCCUAGCCGGAAUUAGAUUCCCGCAGAAAGUCCCGAAUGUCGACUUGACUAUCUACGACAAGAACCCUGCCAUCGGUGGUACCUGGUAUAACAACAAGUACCCGGGCUUAUCCUGCGAUAUACCGGCACACACGUAUCAAUAUGCGUUCGAGGAUAAUAUGGAAUGGUCAGCAUUCUACGCUCCGGGCCCCGAGAUCCGGGAAUACCUGGAACGCGUCGCGAACAAGUACAAAGUCAUGAAAUAUAUUCACCUGGAGCACGAGCUCGUCGGCGCGUACUGGCAAGAAGCCGAAAGCAAAUGGCGACUUCGCGUGAAGCGGCCGUCGCCCAAUAGCACUCCGGAGAACAAGCAGUACGAGGAGUUCGAGGACAAGGCUGAUGUUUUGUUCACCGGGCUGGGAUCGCUCGCUCGGUGGCAUUGGCCCGACAUAGAAGGUCUGAAGGACUUCAAGGGUUGUAUCUUGCAUAGUGCGGAAUGGGAUGUGACCGAGCGCAGUUGGCAGGAGAGCGUAAAAGAUUGGGGAGAUAAGAAAGUCGGCGUGAUCGGAGUCGGCUCAUCAGCUAUUCAAAUCGUGCCAGCCCUGCAGCCCAGAGUCGCACAUCUGGUAAACUUCGUCCGCAGCAAGACGUGGCUCGCAACUCCAUUUCUGGAGGAGAAGAUGAGCGACUUGCUAGGAAGAGAUCCAGCCGGCAGCUACGUAUUCACGGAAGAAGACAAACAACGCUUCAGAGACCCUGCCUUCUACAAGAAAUUCAGGCACAAUAUGGAACACGAACUCAACUCUACAUACCAAGGAACACUGAAAGGGACGAAAGUACAGCAGAUGAUCCGCGCGGCGUUUACCGAAAACAUGAGGCAGAGACUCGCCAAAAAGCCAUGGAUAACUGAGUACCUGCUUCCCGAUUUCGGUGUGGCAUGUAGGAGGUUGACACCAGGCCCAGGCUACCUCGAAGCCCUAUGCGAAGAUAAUGUGACGUUUGAACCGACACAUAUCAGACGGAUUACGGAGACCGGUAUCGAGCUUGUUGAUGGCAAGCAUCAUGAUCUCGAUAUCAUCGUAUGCGCAACAGGCUUUGAUACGUCCUUCCAGUAUCCCUUCCCCUUCGUCGGACGAGGCGGCAUCACACUACGAGAGAAAUAUACACCACACCCUCGGACGUACUUGGCCCUCUGCGUCGACGGGUUCCCGAACUGGUUCCAGUCGUGUGGACCUAACUCGGGUGUUUAUGGCGGGUCUCUCGUUGCAAUCCUGCAGCAGCAGGUCGAUUAUGCCGUCAAGGCGACGCUAAAGCUGCAGAGAGAGCGGCUCAAGAGUAUGGUGGUCAAGAAAGAGGCUGUCGAUGAUUUCGACGAGUAUUUAGAGGCUUAUUUCCCCAAGACUGUCCACACGGAGAAGUGCCGAUCGUGGGCCAAGAUGGGCAAAGAUGAGGGCCGUGUCGUCGGGCUCUGGCCCGGAUCAUCCCUGCACUGUCUUCGCGCCUUUGCUCACCCCCGUUGGGAGGACUUUGAUUACCAGCCGCUGGAUCCGGUCAAGAACAGGUUUUACUGGCUUGGAGAUGGGCAGACGUACAAUGAGAAGACACUGACGGGCGAUAGGGCAUGGUACCUCAACCCUGAUGAGGUCGAUUACCCUCCUGUCCCGGAGAAUUGA